GCGGGGAGCGCGGGGCCCUCGAGCCCGGGAGCUACGUCGGGGGGCCUGAAGGGCGCCCUCUGGCGGUGCGGUGGAGUAAGGUGUCCUCUGACGGAAGGCCGUCUCCUCGAGCGGGCCUCAGGCUCGGCCGGGCCAUCGGUCCACACGGUGUUCCCGGUGGGAAACUACAGCGUGCCCGCUCCGUGAUGGCCGAAUCAGAAGUUCAGGAAGGAAACUAUGAUAACAUGGUAAAGAUGGCGGAGGAACUGAAAAGAGAUUUAGAAAAACUUCUGGAUGAAAUGGAAAAACUAACAGUGGCGGCAACCUGGACGGCAUUUGACAUGGUGGUCAUGCGUACCAACCCUGACCUGGCCAACUCCAUGAAGCGUUUGGAAGACGCCUUCCUGAGUUGCAAAGAAGAGAUAAAGAAAUGGCAAGAAGCGCUAAUGGAAUUUAAAGGUGAAGAGCAAAAAAAAGAGUAAAUUGAAUUCAGUCAUGCUCACAGAACUCCAACCCUUGGAAAAUCACUCCAGUCUUAUUUGCAGAGGUUUCACAGAUACUGUGGAAAACGGAUUGGCUUUCACCUUCCUAAGAAUACUUACGUGUAUACAUCUAUGGAAGUAUUUUAAUAAGAUUAUACAUACAUAUAUAUAUUUAUAAUUGCUGAAGGUAAAAGGUAACAAUGUGUCUAUUUUUAUCAUGUUCAUCAGUAAUCCUUGUGGUGUGUACACAUACACAACUUGCAUGCCUUCUGC